CCUCUCUCGAAUCACAUCACAAGUCAGUGUCAGAUGAUCGGUGAUGAUACCUCGUGCGUUGUCAUACGAGUCCUCCGGACAUCGCGUGUAAAAGUAAAAGUAAAAAAAUGCGGGUAAUUGGAACAAGUGACACGUUGCUGCUGUACGAGAGAGCGCUUUGCCUGAACAACUAACGUUUUGACUCGUGCCUAAUUUGAAAUUAUGUAACAAUCGUUUUGUACCCUAUCGAGUGUUCUAACCUCAACAAGUGUGAUGCUCGUUUUACGCGGACUCCAGAAUUCGAAUUCCCUCGUAGUGCUGGGCGGCAUCGCUCUGUGUCUUUUAUUUAUGAUUCAAAUUAAACAGAUCUAUAAUAACAAUCAGAAAUAUAACCGAUACCUCAACUAUAAGCAAUAUAUGAAUGAAAUAGCGACGGAAUUGAGGACAGUGGUAAAAUCCAUCAACAAAUCGUCGGCUUAUGUUCAUCAGUUAAAUGAAAUGCUCACCAAGUAUCGCGAGAGAGAGUCGAAGAAUACCUCGUCGUCCAAAGUUACUCUAUCAUCGUGAAUAUCUUAGGAAUUUUAAUCAAGAUUACCUGAAAAGUCGGAGAUACGUAAAAGUCCUGAUCGAUAGGGAAUGGCAUCCUGUAGUUGAUAUUAUGUAUAAGUUUGUGGCGUUUCGUUCGAAUCGCGCGCAUAGGAUAAUACAUGUGUGAUCUCUCCGACGGCAGGCAUGCAUUUAUAUACGGAGGAGAUACAUAUAUGCACCUUCGAGAAGUAGCGGCAAAAGUGAUUUGCCAGUAAGUUGCGGCGGAGACACCUCAUUGGAAUCGUCGUCCGUAGAAACCCGAGCGCCUGAACGACACGGCAGUGCGUCAUGUCGAGGAAAAUUAUUUGCCUGUUCGACGUGGACGGCACGCUCACCGAGCCGCGGCAGCCGAUCAGUCCCAGCGUUGAAAAGUUUCUCCUAGAAACUGUGAAGAAGGAGUUUGACCUCGCUGUAGUCGGGGGCUCUGACUUAAUCAAGAUUCAAGAACAGCUAGGCGGCGGAAACCUCUUUGAGAAGUAUAAGUACGUCUUCGCGGAAAAUGGCGUUAUCGCUUUUAAGAGCGGCAAGGCUCUACCGUCUCAAUCGAUCCAAGACAUGCUCGGAGAGGAUGCGCUGCAGGAUUUUAUCAAUUUCGCCUUGCGAUACAUAUCCGAGCUGAAGCUGCCAUUUAAGCGUGGAACAUUUAUAGAAUUUCGCACGGGCAUGAUGAACAUUACGCCCGUAGGACGGAAUUGCAGUAAGAAAGAACGCGAGCAAUUUAACGAAUACGACAGCGAGCAUCAUACUCGUGAGAAAUUCAUACAGGCUCUUAAAAAGGAGUUUCCUGAUUUGGCACUGACUUACAGCAUCGGGGGACAAAUCUCUUUCGAUGUAUUUCCCAACGGUUGGGAUAAAACAUAUUGCUUGCGUCAUAUUCAGGGAUAUGACGAGAUACAUUUCUUCGGCGACAAAACUGUCGAGGGCGGUAACGAUCACGAGAUUUACGAGAGCGAUCUGACGGUAGGACACCGCGUCACUUGUCCCAAGGAUACCGUAAAUCAGUUGAACGUUCUUAUGACAGUCGUGAAAGAAAACAGGGAGAAGGAGCAGCUUAAUGUUCCAAUGCAAUGUGUUUAAUAGGCUAAGGCCUAAAAAAAAAAUACUUUUCUAGGCCGAGAUGAAUGUGCAUUUUUAAUUAGCAUAUACGUUAUUGUACAACAGACUCAUUUUUGUUUGCGUUCCUUUUUAGUUCUCCUUUUAUCUUUUCGCCAAUUAUAUUACAUUCCCCGACGACGAAAGUAUAGUAUUUAACUCGUAGCUUCGAGUAGGAUUUCCGAGCGCUCUCAAGCUCCGGGCACAAUUGUUUCCACGCACACGUUAGAAAUGUAUUUGUACAUAUGCUCUUUCUCUGAUUGUUUUAUCGAUACACAAAGUCACCUACCGCACUCAAGUCGUAAAUGCUGAAUAAAAAGGUUAUUGGCAUUA